CUCCAGCCUUUUGCCUAUUGGACCAAAGCCUCCCCCCCGCCCCCCAAGUCCUGGGCUUUUCCCAGCUGUAUGUCCCCCCACCGGCUGCGGGUUGUUUCUCCGCAGCGCGGCACCGAAGGGCCCCCAGGCGCACGGCCCGCGGCGAUGCUCGGGUCCGCUGGGAUGCGCUAGAGGCAGAGCCAGGGCACGUCCAGGGGCGCGGGACCCCCCCGCGGAGCGCAGAGCGGCCGGAGCCGGGCGGAACCGAGCCGCUGGGGCUGGGCAGGGCGCUCGGGAGAAGAGGCGGAGGGAGAGGAAUCGCUGGAGGCUGGGGAGCGACCCCCCGCACGGAUGCAGCCUGCAGUGCAGCUUAAACCCACCAUGCUGCUUCCAUCUCUGAAGAUGCUCCUCCUCUUCCUCGCAGGUUUGCCAGCCGCCGUGUCUGGAAGCAGCAAGCUGCACAUUUCACCCAGCGACCCUGAAGUCGUCCUCAGUCUCUUGAGCAGCUUCUCACUGACGUGCUCGGGGGAGGCCGAGGUGGUCUGGGAACGGGACAUGCAGCCCAUAGCCACAACGGCGGAGUGGAGAGACGGGACCUUCUUCAGCACGCUCACGCUCUGGAACGUGACAGGCCUUGACACGGGGGAGUACAUCUGCACCUACAACCAAUCCCAGAACCAGAAGCAUCCGGAGAGACAAGCCGUCUAUGUCUUUGUGCCAGACCCGUCCACCGUCUUCCUCCCCUCAGGCUCUGAGGAAUCAUUCAUCUUCAUCACCGGCUACAGCGAGGCCACCAUCCCGUGCCGCGUGACUGACCCCCAGACCACGGUGACUCUCUAUGAGAAGAAGGUGGAGAACCCAAUUCCCGCGGGCUAUGACAGGCAACAAGGCUUCAAGGGGUUCUUCGAAGACAAGACCUACAUCUGCAGGGCAACGCUGGACGAGCGGGAGGUGGACUCUGACCCAUAUUACGUCUACAGAAUCCAGGUCUCGUCCCUCAAUGUUUCCAUCAGCGCGGUGCAGGCUGUGGUGAGGCGAGGCGAGAACAUCACCGUGAUGUGCACUGUGAGCGGCAACGAAGUGGUCGAUUUCAGCUGGUUUUACCCUCGCCAGGAGGCCGGUAAGGCGGUGGAGCCUGUGACGGACUUCUUGCCUGGAUCCAGCCAUGACAUCCGCUCCACCGUGACCAUCCAGAACGCAGAGCUGGAGGACGCCGGCACCUACAUGUGCCAUGUUUCUGAGGUUUACCACCAGAAUACAGACAAGAAGGACAUUGAGGUCAACGUGAUCGAACGUGGCUUUGUGAGGUUCCACACUAGUCUGAACGAUGUUGAGUUUGCCGAGGUGCACAAGAGUCGCGCCAUCCAGGUGCAAAUCGAGGCCUAUCCACAGCCAACCAUCCUGUGGCUGAAGGACAACGAGACCCUGAGGGUGGGGAACAGCAGUGAAUUCGCCAUCACCAGCAAGAACCUGUCGGAAAACAGGUACCAAACCACUCUGACCCUGGUACGAGUGAAGCAGAAAGAAGGGGGAUUCUACACCGUCCGGGCAUCCCAUGAGGAUGACACGCAGGAGAUGUCCUUCUACCUGCAAAUUAACGUGCCCGCCAACGUGUUGUUGCUGAAGGAGAACAGCAAUGCCAGCAGUGGGGAGCAGACGGUCACGUGCUUCACUGAAGGGAUGCCCCAGCCAGAGCUCAUGUGGUUCACCUGCAGCGACAUCAAAGGGUGCGGCACCAAGGAGCAACCCACCAGGGUCCUGGAGAACAGCUCAGAGGAGAUCAACCUGAAGACCAGCUCCAUGUACCAUGAGACUCUGAAGGUUUACAGAGUGAACAGCAUGCUGCAGCUCCGCAGGGUGGACGAACCGCUGCUCAUCAGAUGCUCUGUGCAGAACCUCCUGGGCAAUAACUUUCAGGACAUCACCCUGGUCCCACAUGGCUUGCCCUUUAAGGUGAUCAUCAUCUCAGCCAUCCUGGCCUUGGUGGUGGUGCUUGCUUUCAUCUUCCUGGUGAUCCUCGUCGUCCUGUGGCUGAAGAAGCCUCGCUAUGAAAUCCGCUGGAAGGUGAUUGAGUCGGUCAGCUCUGAUGGACACGAGUACAUCUAUGUGGAUCCGAUGCAGCUCCCCUACGACUGCAGCUGGGAGCUCUCCAGGGACAAGCUAGUGCUAGGGCGCACUCUCGGAUCCGGAGCCUUUGGCCGAGUGGUGGAGGCAACGGCCCAUGGCCUGAGCCAUUCGCAAUCCACGAUGCGAGUGGCCGUGAAAAUGCUCAAAUCUACCGCAAGGAGCAGCGAGAAGCAGGCCCUGAUGUCUGAGCUGAAGAUCAUGAGCCACCUGGGGCCUCACCUAAACAUUGUCAACUUGCUUGGAGCCUGCACCAAAGGAGGCCCCAUCUAUAUCAUAACAGAGUAUUGCCGCUAUGGAGACCUCGUGGACUAUCUGCUCCGGAACAAGCACACCUUCCUCCAGUACUACACUGAGAAAGCAAGGCGAGAGAUGGAGGUGUAUGGGAAUGCCUCCGAAGAGGACAAGGUGUACAGUCUCACCUCCUUCUCUGUCGAAAGCGAUGGGGGCUACAUGGAUAUGAGCAAAGAUGACUCUCUGGACUACGUUCCCAUGUCUGAUAUGAAGGGAGAGAUCAAGUAUGCUGACAUUGAGUCUUCCAACUACGGCACCCCCUACGAGCUGGACAGCUAUUCCCCCUCAGCUCCCGAAAGGACGGACCGCGUGACCCUGAUAAACGAGUCCCCACUCCUCAGCUACACAGACCUGGUUGGGUUUAGUUUCCAGGUGGCCAACGGGAUGGAGUUCCUUGCAUCCAAAAACUGUGUGCACCGAGACCUGGCAGCAAGGAACGUCCUCAUCUGCGAGGGGAAGCUGGUGAAGAUCUGUGACUUUGGCCUGGCCAGAGAUAUCAUGAGGGAUUCCAACUACAUCUCCAAAGGCAGCACCUUCCUGCCUUUGAAAUGGAUGGCACCUGAGAGCAUCUUCAACAACCUCUACACAACCCUGAGUGAUGUGUGGUCUUUUGGGAUCCUCCUCUGGGAGAUAUUCACUCUGGGUGGGACUCCAUACCCUGAACUACCCAUGAAUGAGCAGUUCUACAAUGCCAUCAAAUGUGGCUAUCGAAUGUCUAAACCCACCCAUGCUUCCAACGAGAUUUAUGACAUCAUGCAGAAAUGUUGGGAAGAGAAGUUUGAGAUAAGACCUUCCUUCUCUCAGCUGGUGGUACUUAUGGGGAAUCUCCUGGCAGAUGGAUACAAGAAGAGGUACCAACAGGUCGAGGAAGAGUUCCUGAAGAGUGACCACCCGGCUGUUCUGCGCACAAGGCCCAGAAUCCCCGGGGUCAGCAGCGCCGGGCUCACCCACAGCUCUGGCACCGGAAGUGUCCUUUAUACAGCCGUGCAGCAGGACGGGGGGGACAACGAUUACAUCAUCCCCCUUCCUGACCCCAAGCCCGACGGAAUCGACGACGCCCCUCAGGAGGCUUCAGUCAGCCGGGCCAGUUCUACUCUGAACGAAGUGAACACAGCGUCCACAAUAUCCUGUGACAGCCCCCUGGACCUACAGCAGGAAGGGGAACAGGAGGAACCUGACCCAAAGUCAGGCUGCCAGGAGCCAAGCCCAGGACACCACGACAUGGAAGAGAGUUUUCUGUAGAAGGGGCAGGGCUGAUGCUACCCCACACCCUACCAGUGAGACCAUCUGGGGGGCAACCAGACUUGGUGGAGAACCUGGAUGGGUGCUUCUUUAUCCCACCCUCCGCCCCACCUCCCAGGACAACGUGGACCAUAGAGGCACCUUUCCCCUCCCCCAGCCUCACUGCCACACUCCACCCCAUUGAUCAAGCUACUGAGACGAGGUGGGUUCUCCUCACAGACAAACCUCUUCUCCUCACAGUGAAGUCUGCAGUGCUCCCAGACCAAGGGGCAGGGCUCCAGUGGUCUCCAGAGGAGAUGCUGCCGUUCACUCCAUUUGUUUGAUAUCCCAGCCUCUUUUCCCGCACCCCGGUGCAACAGGUGGCUCUGAAUUGCAGUGUCCAUCUGGACCGAAGCUGCCUCUUUGAUGUUCUGCGUAUCUACCACGCUCUGGUACAACUGCCAUACGUGGCUGGGCUGGACAGACAGAUUCCUUGCAGCUCCCUGGUGGGGUGUCGGGAAGCCGAUAGACCAGGCCACAGUCACUAGAGAACAGGAUCAUACUGACUGGAUUCUCUCUCAAGCACAACAGAGCUAUUACAGCCGCUGAGGAGAAAGGAGCCAUGGAGAAUCCAGUCACGUUCUUCCCCUCUUGUCCUCUCCAGCCUUUCUGAGAGGAAUGCGGCACCACAAGCACUGUGGUACAGGUAUUAGCACCCUUUUCCUCCACCCCUAAGGAGGUGUCAUAGGCUGACCCUCUUUCUGGGUUCCUAAGGGCCUGCCAGGAAUCAGGGAUGCUCUGAUAAUGACUCUGCUGUGGCAGCAGCAGCACAUUCCAGUGUUAUCUUCCUCUGUGUGGACUCUAAGCCUAGAUAGUCUCCAUAUCGCUCAUUUAAAGGGAACAAAUAAGAUCUCUUAAUUCACUAGCCAGGGCCAGUAUAGGAACAAAAAUGGCUAUUCAUUAAUCCCCUAGUGCCAUGGAACCUAUCUCACCUGCUGGGAAAGUCUCUCAGCCCAGCUGGUUCCUGAAACUUUGUUUUAUCUUUGGAAAGCAAUGGUAUGAAGUUGAUGUUACUUUGUUCAUACGAGUUCCCCUUUCCGUGCCGUCGGGGUCCCUCACAUGAAUUGCAGCCUCUUGCCCUAGGUGAGUAACCAGGCUGCAUAAACACAAGCCCAGGCGGUCCAGGGACAUCAAGAGAGAGAGAGAGAGGUUGUGAAGUCAUCUAAGAGCUGUAUAGGGUUUAUGGUCCUGCCACUUACAGUCUUUUUGACUGUACAAAUACAUGGGGGGAAGCCAACUUUUAAACAACAAGCAGUAUUUGUGUUUGCCAGGAGUAGCCAUUCUCAUGCUGACAGGAUCCAUGGAGCCUUGCAGGAUGGUACAUUUUGGGACUCAAGCAGAGGAGGAAGGAUCAGGUUGUCGGAUGGGAAGUGGGCCUACGACAGGGACUUUCUCUUAGAAAGUGGAAUGUAAAAUGGAAAUGCUGGAGACCCCUCAUCUUGCAUCAAACCCCUCCUCUACCCCAUUGGCAGGGCUGUGACCUGUAGUACUCUGAGCUUCCACUCAUUAUUUGAAGAGUUAAACCAGGUGGAAAACAAGGAAACCAUGAAAAUCCCCCAAAACGGGAAGGUUAUGACAAUGUCUUCAGCUUGGAAACCAGCAUUUUCUGCCUUUUGAAUAGCAUCAAAUUGCUUAGCACCCUUUUCCUCCGCACACGCAGCUCCUUCUAGCUCAUCCACUUCCCUGUCCCUCUCACACACACGGUGGCUGUGCUCUUAUUAACAGAGAUGAUUGGAAAUGUUCAAAUUUUCAAUGACGUUUUUUGUGGAGGUUUGUUGGCCAGUUUAUAGAGCCGUCUAAGACUGUCCACCGAAAAGCAUUGACAAUUUUGGUGUGUUUUCCAAUCAGCUCUCAUUAACGGUGACAUAUUUGUAAAGUUAAAGCAAGAGGAACAGGUACCUGUGGCAGGGGGGUUAUGUUUUUAAUAAAAUGUGAAACUAAAUAUAGCACUGUUAGUGGUAGCCAGCCAAGUGCAACUGCAAUACAGAAAACCAUGGCCGGGGGCAUUUCUCUAUUUCCUGCAAAUAUGAUCAGAUUUCUCAUAUCCCAUCCUCCUCAGGAAUCAUUCUGUGAAUGGCAACUCUUUUCCUAUACACGCAUCCUCUCGAUCGUAGUGCAAGAUCCAUGUUCAGUGGACAUGACUCAAGAAAUGCCCCAAACCACAGGGAAGCAACAAAACAUAGAUCCUCGGGAUUAGCCCACCUUUCCUCGGUUUCUUGGGUGCUCUGUAGGGCACAAGCCACCAAAACUUCAGCCAGAUGAAGGGACACUCCUCUUAUCAACCUCCCUGGAAGGGAUACUGCUUUUAUCAAAUAGUGUCAUGCUUUUGUCCCAGAUUUCUAAAACCUCUCAAUCUGGGUGGAUUUAAUAGAUCCCUUCUCUGGUCAGAGCCUUUAUCCGCCAGGGCAGAUUUCUCUUUUUAUGGUGUCCCAUGCUACUACUUGAAAUAGAACCUGUGAUUUAAAGAACCCAUUAGCUCCCGCCCGCACACCAGCCCUAAGCAAAAUUUAGCUGUACAAAUCUGACCUUGUGAAUCUGGGGCUAGGGGAAGUCUGGCAAAGGUGUGCCGGUGCUGAACACUGUCUGGCUACUUCCAGCCCCUUGUGGGCUUGACAUGAACAGUUGGAUUUGCCUUCCGGUCCCCUGGGCUGGAAAACUUUUUGGUUUCACCUCCUGCUGCGAGCGUGCAGUGACUCGCUGCCUUGUGUCCGAGUGAGACACCCACUCGGAUAAGGGCAGACAGUGCUGACCAGGUGAGCCUCCCCCAAUCUGAGUCCAGCUGGGUAGCCUCAGUAACACCAAGAAGAGAAAACCCUUUUCAAAGAAAGGAGUCUGCUUGUUUGAAUUCCCCACCAGCCAAUGGAUACAAUGGUGGCAGCUCCAUGGCCAAAGUACACCUACCCCCUUAGAGUUGCCAGAAGAAAUUCUGUGGCCAAAACCUGCCAGGGGUUAAGGUUCACACCCUCUCUCUCUUUCUCUUUGCUUCUGAACUCCCCACCCGGAUCCAUCAGACUUCUGGGGACAACAAAUGUUUUAACCCAUCUGUUGCCAUCAAUUUUGUAGCCAUAAUUUGUCCUGAAGGGAACCGAUUCCUCUAGGGUUUUUAUUUUAUAUUGUUACUAUUUGUUUGUUUUUAGUGUUGGGGGAUGGGUCCAGACUGAACCCCUUUUCCAAGGACCCCAAAUGAUGGUGUCUCCAAAACCCCAAAAGGGAACCCAGUGCUGCAGUUUGGGCCCAUUGCCGGUAUAUUUUUUUAACUCCUAUUUUAAUCUGCAGUCAUUACAAAGUUAUCCGCUCCAAUAUAUGCACUUUCCUCCUGCCAGUCACAAUUUCUGUGCGUCCAGGGGUCUUGCUACACUACAGUGUCUCUCUCCAUAUUUAAGAUGCUUCUCAGACUGACAUGUUUGACUAUUUAACGUUUGUCAUUUUUGGUUGGGUGGGUUUUAUGUAAGGAGAGUCGUGUUUAGUGUUUUGCAUCACAUUAUAAAGUCUGGAGCACAGUGGACUUUACUUGGAACUGAGCUGUCUCUAUUCACCCGUGCGGGGACCAGCAGGUCCUUGGUGGAGUCGGAGCAGUGAGACGGGAGCUAGACGUGCAGUGGCAAGGAGCAAUCAGUAGAAAGUUGGCCAAACUGAUGUUAAAGACCCACCUAAUUUAAGAUUGCCAACUCUCUGGGUGGUACAGCACCAACAGGCGGGGUGUAUCCAGGGUACUUGAUAAGUGUCGGAUGGAGAUCCUGAGGAACGCCAUGUUAUGUCAGUACACAAUCCUGGACUAAGUAGGGGAGGGAUAUCUCAUAGCUGUAUCGUUUUGGGAGAGAUUUGCCACAUCCCAAGCACUGGGGAGGGAGGGGAAUCCGUUCCUUGUUCCGCUGCACAGAGGUUAGAAAAAGAACUAGACUACCAUAUCAUUAAUCUAUCUCCUCCUCCCAACCAUGCAGGGUUGUUCCCUACAGGAUUCCUGCUCCAGCUGACUUUUAACUUGACCCUCGCCCUUGCCUCAUAGCAAGCCAGGUGGCAGUCCCAGAACAGGUGGGGAGCGAAGAGUGACUGGCCAGCUGCCCCCACUCUUCCCCUAUAAAGGGAGGGGGAAUUUAAAGAGACAGAGCCUUCAUUCUGACCCUUCAUCUUCCCCCACAUCAAUUGAUGCCAAUCCCAGCUUUGCCAGUUUUUGCAAAGGGGUUAAAAUAUUGGCAUAGGCUCACACAACUGCCACACACGCAUGCAGGAUACCAGGGAAAUGCUCUCCUUUCCCCACUUAAGACAAUGCUAAGAGAGUGGUUGGCUCCUGACCCUGCCCUACAGCGCUGGCAACCCUAAAUAUGACACAGUGGUUUAUCUGCAAUGUUUCUAUUCAGACAGCAGAAGGGCAACUGAUCUGCAGCUUUUACAUCACAUUGCUGCAGGUGGCAACUCUGCUCCAUGACCCAUGGGACCAAGCUGCUGCGGCCCCUGGAUUUCCAGGCCUGUAUGGAUACUUGCUUAGGUCAAGCCUAUCCAGAAACCUGGGCUGAUUCAGACAGGUCGCUGACACAAGCCUAACAUAGCAUGUCUCAGUGAUGUGGCAGCAGCUGGGAAUGUAACACAUUGGGAGGGGAGAGAACCAUUAAUGCAAUUCUGCCCAGUGAAAUCAAACUGCAGUGAAAUGAGCCACUCAUCCCCGUAGCAUGUCUCCUGGGCUCCUCCUCCCCUCACUUUCAAGCCUUGUUAUAGGCUCAGCAGCUUCCUUCCUACUUGCAGUCAUUUCAGACCUAGCACAUCUCUAGUUGCUCUAACCUUUGUUUCAACCUUCUGCGUUUCUGAAGGUAUUCAAUGGGUAAGAGACAAAGUGUGAAGCACCAGGUCAGAACCGACGCAGAACAUCUGACACAGGCUGUCUCUUCGGUCAUGCCCUGGGCUUCAAGUGGCAGUGCUGGAACGGAAGGGAACACCCUGCAGGGAAGGGACAGGGGAUUAGGAAGCAGGUCAUCUUGAGCCGUGAUUGCCUGAUGGAGAGUUAAAUGAAAGAGAAUCGCAUCUUUUGCUUGGGGCCACUCAGCAGUGCCAUUUUUAAAGGUGAAGUUACACUGAUGCUGGUAGUCUGUGCUCACGCAACCUUGCAGUCAUGAUCACCUCCACGCCUUAUAGACAAGGAAUGGUGGGGAGGGGCCUGCCCGCCAAGCAGAUUAUCAGCCUCAACCCAUUUGUUUCUCUCUAUGGUACUUUUCUGGGCCCCAUUACAGGAGUAUCUGUGCGCAUCACAGUCUUUAAUGUAUUUGUCCUCACAGCACCCCUGUGGGCCAGGACAGUCCUCGUAUAGGCACUGUACCGAAGGGAACUGAUUCCCAGAGAGGCUAAGUGAUUUGUCCAAGGUCACACAAGUGAUAGAGCAGGGAAAUGCACCCAGGACUACCAAGUCAGCACCCUCCCCACUGGACCAGUUAAAUGGAAUUCCCAGUUUCCCUUGGAGGAGCAACACUGCACUCAGAGACCCCAGUGUAAAUCUGGAGUGCCAGAGCGCAGGCAUGCAGGAGUUCUAGGUUUGCUCCUGAGUUGCUGUGAAAAGAGCUUGGCCAGACGUGAUUCGUUCCCUCUAGACUUGGGGGAUGAAUGAAAUUGAGGAGCCAAGCAGUGGGAGGGCAUAUGACACAGGGGACUGGUCUGUCUCACCCGCGCCCCAUUUGCUGUUUCCCUCUUUAUAGACUGCACUACCAAUUCCAAUGCAUUAGUGAGUUUGCCCAUUGAUUUCUCUCCUCUCAGCCCCUCUCUCACCCUUGCACGGUACAAUAUGGAUAAUCUGUUGGGAUUGCACCUUUUUAUAGCACGUUAUUAGGCCUGUGUGGAAUCUCUGAACAGAACAGCGCCUGUAUUUGCAUUUUUCCUAUUAACCUCUCCUAAGCCAUCAUGAGGGAAAGACACGGAACUGCGUUCAAACUAAGGUACCAAAGAGUUAACGUUAUCCUAGGUUUACAAAUGUAUUUGUAGAGCUCUUAUUAGCCACAUUUAUACCAGUGAGAUAUUAUUUUUUAUGCUGUAAACUUUAUAUACAUGUUUUUAAGGAAAGAUUUUAAAAUUAAAGGUGUUUCUUCUU